AAAAACAAAUUCAACUGAAGUUUAACUUGUUUACCUUUAUAAAAUACUUUUCGAUGAACAAUAUUAUCUCUUAGAAGUAAUAAAAUAAUUUGCCUCCAAUUCGUACCAAAGAAGAAUCAAAUUAAGUUUACUAAAAUGUCAUUAUUUCCUGCUUACUCCGAACCUGAUAGACGCAAUAGCCAAGACAAGGAAGAUACUGAAACAACAGCUCCAGUUACAAAUUUUGUAAACACGCAAUGGCUUGAAAAUAAUAGUUUCACUAUUAGUGAGGAGCAAUUGAAACGGACACAGAAAGAACGCGUGCUGCCGCACGCGAAUGAUGGCGAACAAAAUACAUCUGAAUGCUCGGUAAUUUUAUCUAGUGAUAGUAGUGAAGAAGCAUUAGAUGAAUGUGAUAGAGAAAGGACUAUGAAGGAUAAAAAAUCCAAAAAUAAUGUAGAAAAAUUAAUACGAACGUCACAUUUGGAGUUUGCAGGGAAUGAAGAAUUUUAUGUAGACAAAGCGAAGGCUAAACAAUACAACACGGUUAAAACACUGUACAAGCCAGCCCGCCCCAGAUAUAGGGUAUAUUACCCGAAACCAAUGGGGAAGAUGAGAUCUUCUGGUAAUAAAAACAAAUCAAAACGUUACUUCCAAUGUAAAGAGCUAAAAAAUGAAAUUAGCACACCACAAAUUUAUCCUCUAGAAGAGAAUGACUAUACCGCACAAAUGGGAAUAUUGAACCGCAAGACUAUUGAGUUUUGUAGGGAAUUGCAACCAUGGUUGGAUCUCAUUGAACUGCAGGAUAGAAAUCCAUAUAAAUGGUCACGUUUACGAGUAUCUGAAAAGCAACUCGAGUAUAUUCAAAAGGCUUUACAUUAUCAUCCACGGAACGAAAAGCUAUAUUGUAAAUAUAUUGACAUUGUAAGGGCCACAUAUCCAUCGCACGAUGUAACAAAAAUGCUGGAAAGUCUUCUAAAUAAAGAUCCUUACCGUUUAACGCUAUGGGAAGCGCAAAUAAUGACCACGCAAGGCACAAUGGCUAGGUGCACUGUUCCUGAUGUGUUACGUCUCUAUCAGAGAUGCAUGAAAAAGAUGUACGCAGCUCAAAGACCCGAGGAAUUAGCCUCCCAAAGCACCGACUCUGUGAUGAUGCAUUUAUUUCACAACUGUGCAAUAUUUUUGCGUCAAGCAGGACUAUAUGAGCAGUUCUUUGCGGUAAUCAAAUUAGCUUUAGAGUUAAAUGUUGUAAAUACUAAAAAUUUCAGUGAAGAUUUACAACCGCGACCCGAAGACGAAUUAACUCUUGUAGAAUAUGAAGAGUUAAUUUUACAGUCGGGGUUACCGAUGAAUGAGAUAUGGUUGCGAAUAGAAACGUUAAGACAAGGUUUUAAUUUUUUACCCUUUCCUGGCGAGGGUAAUAAGUGCAGCGAUCCGCAACGCAUCGUAUUCAACGAAGAUGUCUGCCAUUACGUAUAUCCUUUGAAAAGCAAAGAAAAUUCUUUUCGUUUACUUUUAAUUAUCGUAAAACUAUUAAAGAUUCCCUUCAUUCAAACGGAUUGUUUAGCUGCUCAGUUCGAGGGUGAUUCAGAUGCCGUGGAAGAAACUCUGGCAACAUGUCUAAAGCGCCAUUUUACGUCAUCCAUUGACCAUAGCAAAGAGCACGACGAGUUCUUACGAGGAAUUUGCGAAUUAUCCAAGGAAUUAGCUGUAUGUCCAACCUUUUUAAGCAACACUGUUGCUCAUGAACUCUAUUCGCGUUGUCUUAAGAAUUUUCUUCUAAACUGCGCUACAGCUUAUGAAGGCAUCGAUGAGAGAAAACGUCUAUCGUUCCUGAUGCUCUGGUGUCGCUUCGAACGUUUGCUCUUAACUUUGGAAACAUUGACAAAAAAAGUUACACCAGAAUUUAUUAAAAAUGGACAGUCACGUUUUAAAUCGUUACUUAAACAGAAAAUCAAUCGGAACGUUUUUCACUUGUACGUUGAGUUCGCUCUGUACGAAAUUGAAUCAAAUUCCAAAUCGGAGACGAUAGAAAAUAUAUUUCAAAAUGUUAUAUCCGCUUACAAGCAAGAGGAGAAUCUGGCAUCGGAGUUGUGUCAUGCUUUUGUAACCUAUGCGGAAGUGCUUAUAGGAUGGGGUAAGAACGAGGAAGCCAGCCAGCUGCUAUCCACAUACAGUUUAGGGCUUGAAUACGACCCGAAGGCCGUGCCAUUGAAAAGCUCCCGAAAGUUGGCUGCGUUAAAAUUGCUGCAUAGCAAAUUAGAGGACAACAUUAACAUAGAAAAGCAUGUAGAGAUAAUGGUAUUAGAGCAACACUUAAUACCGGAUUAUACGAUUUCGUUGCUAAAAUCAUAUACGCUUCUGCAAUACACGCUGGAACAGAAGCAAGAGGCGCUUACCUAUUUAGAUACGUUACUUUCGAUUUUUCAUAAAAAUUCAGAAAAUGAAAGGCACAAUUUCUUAAGAGAACAAAUACACGAACUAUAUACGGUUUUGCUGCAGUUACCAGGUGGUAACAACUAUGCUUCUCAUACAUUCAUAAUGGAACGUAUUUUCACAGCGCUUAAGGAAUAUCCACACAAUCUUUUUUUACUGCAAAAAUGGGGCACUCUGACAUCGACGGCGUGGUAUAAAUUGAAAGCUGGUUUCUUGAAACUGAGUCCAUCGAUAGUAUCGGUUAUACUUCUAAUAGCUUUGGCACGAUUUAGAUACCUUAAGCCUUUGCUGUGUCCAACUAACAUUAGCGAAUUCGCUCUCAUAUCUAGUCCGGAUUUUCGGCAUAACGAAGCUAUCAUACGCCAGCGAAUACUUAAUCUCUUUAAAGUUUUAAUACCUUCGACGGGUGCACCCAGCAAUCAAACGUUUUCUGUUUAUCAAAAUUUUACUAAUUUACAACGUAACGGCUUAUUCUGGCGGUGUUAUUUACGUUGCUUGUCGGACCAAAGUACCUCGUUUGAGACUAGCAAGAAAUGCCUACUAACCGCUUUAGAUGAGUGCCCAUGGAGUAAAGCUUUGUAUUUGGAUGGUGCAACAUAUGUCCCCCAGGAGCUUUCAAACCUUCAAGAUUUGAUAAUCGAAAAGCAGCUACGCAUCUACGCACUACCGGAGGAAUUGGAGAUUCUCAGGGAACAGUAGCACUUAAUUUGCUAACAACUAUCUUACAAAAGCAGAUAAAGGCGCAUUGAAAAUUAAUUUUUAAACGUUUAUUCAAAACUUCUAGAAAAAAAUAAAUUUUCUCA